AUGAAAGCUAUCUCCGCUCUCAAAACUGCGCUCGUCGCGGUCGGCACCGUCGGCGUGCACAUGGAGCGAUCCCUCAUUAUGGGCGGAGGGUUCCCGGCGGAACAAAGACGUACACAGCCGGCAUCCGGUCAACGGCCGAAGGGCGGUGCUCUUGUUAGCUCCAUCCAUGUGGUCACUGCCGCAUCGUGUAACUCCUACGUUUUCAGACCAUCCGUUCCCGAGUGGGUUGCGGUGGGCGCUGUGGUCGCGCGCUACGUCAACGGCUCGAAGGAUGGAGAGCAGAUCAAGGUCGUGUCGGCCGUGAACGAUCCUCUGUACAAUCCUGGCAACUUUUCGUACAACUUUGCCGUGCUGACGCUUGAGAAGCCCAGCACGUUCGCCCCUAUCAAGCUCCCUGCGGUGGAUGACUCGGACAUCGGCCCGCGCAUGCGGUCGAAGGCCAUGGGCUGGGGUAAUACCAGCUACCCGGACAGCGCGCGCGCCAACAAGCUGCAGGGCAUCGACUUGAUGCUCCAAACCGACCACUGUAUGUACACGGUGGAUCAGUCCGAAGUUUGGGCUGGUGGUGAGGAAGGCAAGGAUAAGUGCCCUGACAACACUGGCGGCCCGCUGAUCGAGGAAAACAGCCGUGGCGAUGAUGAUGACACUAGCCGAGCGCCGCCGCUACGCGGCGGUAAUUUUUAG